AGGAAAUGAAAAUGAGAAAUACUCACUUGGAAAAUUGAAAAAAGAGGCGGGGUCAACCAGUUUAUCCCGGUCGCUGCCCGAAUCCCCGGGUCAUCAUCCUCUUUAAGACGUCGUCGUUGAGUGCACUGCUUUGUUGUUGGCGGAGGAGCUGAAGAACGAACGCAGCGAGCGGCGAGUAACGAUGUGCGGUGACGCCACGAACUGGGACGAAGACGCAUACAGAGAAACCAUUCUCAAGGAGAGGGAAAUCCAAACCCGAACCGUUUUCCGAACCGCUUGGGCCCCACCCUACACCUCUAACCUCGACACUCUCAUCCUUGCCUCUAGCGACGGUUCCGUCGCAUCCUACUCCAUCUCUUCCUCCAUCGCCGCCUCUAAGAUAAAAAAUCCAUUCGGUUUCGUCAAUGCCGAUACAGAUGAGUUGUUGGCUGAACCAAAUUGCUUCGUUCAAGCGCACGAUGGACCUGCUUACGAUGUCAGAUUUUAUGGUGAUGGCGAAGAUGCUCUGUUGCUGAGCUGUGGUGAUGAUGGUCGGAUUCGAGGAUGGAGAUGGAACGAAUUUUCAAGCUCAAAUUAUUCUGUUUCUUCCCAAGGAAAUGAUAUCAAGCCUGUACUUGAUGUGGUGAAUCCCCAACACAAAGGUCCUUGGGGUGCGCUUUCACCUAUCCCUGAGAAUAAUGCUAUUGCUGUCAAUACUCAGGGGGGAUCUGUUUUUGCUGCAUCUGGCGAUUCUUGUGCAUAUUGUUGGGAUGUGGAAACUGGUAAAGUGAAAAUGGUAUUCAAGGGGCACAUGGACUAUUUGCAUUGUAUAGUUGCUCGCAACUCAUUAGAUCAGAUCAUAACAGGUUCGGAGGAUGGGACGACUCGAAUUUGGGAUUGCAAAAGUGGAAAGUGUACGCAAGUGAUUGAUCCAGCAAGAGAUUUGAAAUUAAAGGGAUCUGCUUCUUGGGUUGGCUGUGUUGCUUUAGAUGCAAGUGAAAGCUGGUUGGCUUGCAGUAGUGGACGUAAUAUAUCACUUUGGAACCUUCCUGCUUCAGAAUGCAUAUCAAAGAUUCCUACCCGUGCUUGUGUACAAGACAUGUUAUUUGACAAUAAUCAAAUUUUGACAGUUGGUACAGAUCCUCUACUCAAUCGCUUUGACAUGAACGGCACUAUCCUUUCACAAAUACAGUGUGCUCCUUCGUCAUCUUUUUCUAUCUCCUUACAUCCUGCAGGGGUUAUGGCAGUUGGAGGUUAUGGAUGUCUUGUUGAUGUUAUCUCACAAUUUGGCAGCCACAUGUGCACGUUUCAUUGCCAGUCCUGGUUUUUAUUUAUCACUUCUCUCUCUCUCACACACACACACAUACUCGCUUCCCUCUCUCUGCGUUCGGCACCAGCGAAACGCUCUUCGUUAUCUUUUUCUCGACUCCGCGGCGUAGAUCCGAGGAGUUCGGGAAACCCUAACUCAUCUUCCUUCACAACAGAACAACGCUUCUUUUCCCUAUCCAUCAUCUCAACUGAAGUCAUGGCUGGACUAGCACCUGAGGGGUCACAGUUCGAUGCUCGUCAAUAUGAUUCCAAAAUGAGUGACUUACUUUCAUCUGAUGGACAGGACUUCUUCACAUCCUAUGACGAGGUUUAUGAUAGUUUUGACGCUAUGGGUUUGCAGGAGAAUCUUCUCAGGGGAAUUUACGCAUACGGUUUUGAGAAGCCAUCAGCCAUUCAGCAAAGGGGGAUAGUUCCCUUCUGCAAGGGACUUGAUGUUAUUCAACAGGCUCAAUCUGGAACUGGGAAGACGGCCACUUUCUGCUCUGGUAUUCUGCAGCAACUUGACUAUAGCUUGACUCAAUGCCAGGCCUUGGUUUUGGCACCAACUCGUGAGCUUGCUCAGCAGAUUGAGAAAGUUAUGCGGGCACUUGGAGAUUAUCAAGGUGUGAAGGUUCAUGCUUGUGUGGGAGGUACCAGUGUGCGUGAGGACCAGCGCAUUCUAUCUAGUGGUGUUCAUGUUGUGGUUGGUACCCCUGGUCGUGUGUUUGAUAUGCUGCGCCGACAGUCACUUCAGCCAGACCACAUCAAGAUGUUUGUAUUGGAUGAGGCUGAUGAAAUGCUUUCCCGAGGUUUCAAGGAUCAGAUCUACGAUAUAUUUCAGCUGCUUCCAUCUAAGAUUCAAGUGGGAGUUUUCUCUGCCACAAUGCCUCCUGAGGCCCUUGAGAUCACCAGGAAGUUUAUGAACAAACCUGUGAGGAUCCUUGUGAAGCGUGAUGAGCUCACCUUGGAGGGUAUUAAGCAAUUUUAUGUCAAUGUUGAAAAGGAGGAAUGGAAGCUGGACACACUCUGCGAUCUUUAUGAGACAUUAGCUAUCACUCAGAGUGUCAUUUUUGUUAACACCAGAAGGAAAGUUGAUUGGUUGACUGACAAGAUGAGAAGCCGUGACCACACAGUCUCAGCAACCCACGGAGACAUGGACCAGAAUACCAGGGACAUUAUUAUGCGUGAAUUCCGUUCUGGGUCUUCCCGUGUCUUGAUAACCACUGAUCUUUUGGCUCGUGGUAUUGAUGUCCAACAAGUGUCUCUAGUUAUAAAUUUUGAUCUCCCAACACAGCCUGAGAACUAUCUCCAUCGUAUUGGUCGUAGUGGGAGGUUCGGAAGGAAGGGUGUUGCGAUCAACUUUGUCACAAAGGAUGACGAGAAAAUGCUGUUUGACAUCCAGAAGUUUUACAACGUGCAAGUUGAGGAGCUGCCUUCAAAUGUUGCUGAGCUCCUUUGAUCAGAUUUUGUCAUCCGUCGUAUUAGAUGAAAUUAGUUUGCGUUUUGGAAACUGUUAUGCAAUGUUUCUCGCUCCCCCUUUCGUUUCUUUGGUUGUACUUCUGCUCUUAAACUUUGUUUAAUAGGCUUAGUAAUUUAUGUUAAAUUGUGAGUUUGUCUGAAUAUCCAAGUAAUUAUUACUUGCUAUGUGGAAACCCAUUAUUGGCCCAAUUGGUGUACGACUUUCAUUGCAUAUUCGAUUCUUAUGCAAUCAACUUAGUUCAGUUGUAAUUUGGUCACUAAAUGAACUUGAAUUGGUGUUA